CCUCAUCCAGAAGUCUAAGGAUGGCGGCCUCGACGUCAUCGAGACCUACGUCUUCUGGAACCUCCACGAACCCGUGCAGGGCCAGUACGAUUUUGGAGGGCGGAAGGACUUGGUGAAGUUCAUUAAGACGGUGGCGGCCGCCGGCCUCUAUGUUCAUCUCAGGAUCGGGCCUUAUGUCUGCGCGGAGUGGAACUACGGAGGGUUUCCUGUGUGGUUGCACUUCAUCCCAAAUAUCAAGUUCAGGAUUGACAAUGAUCCCUUCAAGAACGAGAUGCAAAAGUUCACGACAAAGAUUGUGGACAUGAUGAAGCAGGAAAUGCUGUUUGCAUCCCAAGGUGGACCCAUCAUUCUGUCUCAGAUUGAGAAUGAGUAUGGCAAUGUUGAGCAAUAUUAUGGUCCGACGGCCAAGUCUUAUAUUGAUUGGGCUGCAUCCAUGGCUACUUCCUUGAAUGUGAGCGUGCCAUGGGUGAUGUGCCAACAAGAUAAUGCCCCUGACCCCAUUAUCAACACUUGCAAUGGAUUUUACUGUGACAAUUUUAAGCCCAACUCUGACAAGAAACCGAAGAUGUGGACAGAGAAUUGGAGUGGAUGGUUCCUUUCUUUUGGUGGUGGAGUGCCUUACAGACCUGUUGAAGACCUUGCAUUUGCUGUAGCCAGGUUCUUCCAACGUGGUGGUACCUUCCAAAACUAUUACAUGUACCAUGGUGGAACCAAUUUUGGCCGCACUUCUGGUGGACCAUUUAUUGCUACAAGCUAUGAUUAUGAUUCUCCCAUUGAUGAAUAUGGACUUCUUCGGCAGCCAAAAUGGGGCCACCUGAGAGAUCUGCACAAAGUCAUAAAGCAGUGUGAAGAAGCAUUGGUGGCAACCGAUCCAACAUACACUUCUCUUGGCAAAAAUUUAGAGGCCCAUGUUUAUAGGACAUCAUCAGGGAGAUGUGUGGCUUUUCUUGCCAACAUAGAUGACCAUUCUGAUGCAACUGUUACUUUCAAUGGCAAACCAUACCAGUUACCUGCAUGGUCUGUGAGCAUCCUUCCUGACUGCCAAAGUGUUGCAUUCAAUACUGCAAAGAUAAAUUCCCAGACAACUGUUUUGGAGAUGAAAUACACCAAAACUUUCGAUCAGGCUGCAGAUGAAUCCACUGGUUCCUCUGAAAUAUCUGAAUCAGAAUGGAAAUUCUUCACAGAACCUAUUGGUUCCAUCAACUCUACUUUCAAAAAUGUUGGAUUGCUUGAGCAGAUAAAUACUACUGCUGAUUCCAGUGACUACUUGUGGUAUUCAAUAAGCAUUGAUGUCAUAGGAAACGAACCAUUUCUUUUCAAUGGCACUCAGACUACUCUGCAUGUGGACUCACUCGGUCAUGUCCUCCAUGUUUUUGUCAAUGGCAAAUUAUCAGCAAGUAAUCAAGGCAGCAAUGCUGAUGCGAGUUUUAAACUGGAGAAUGUUAUCACACUUUCAUCAGGACAGAACAGAAUUGAUCUUUUAAGUGCGACCGUAGGCCUUAAGAACUAUGGUCAAUUUUUUGAUCUAAGCGGUGCUGGAAUCACUGGUGUGAUCCUGAAGAACCACAAUGCCACAAGAGAUCUUUCUUCAUCCCAGUGGACUUAUCAGAUUGGACUCAAAGGUGAACAGCUGGCAUUGCAUGACAACACACAAAAUUCAACAUGGAUGUCACUAUCUUCCUUGCCGAAAAAUCAGCCACUGACAUGGUACAUGACGUACUUUGAUGCCCCUGAGCACGAUGACCCUGUUGCAAUAGACUUCACCGGAAUGGGGAAGGGCGAGGCAUGGGUGAAUGGCCACAGCAUCGGCCGGUACUGGCCGACGUAUACCUCUCCACCGAGCGGCUGUGUCCAAUCAUGCGACUACAGAGGACCGUUCAGCGGGAGCAAGUGCGUCAGGAACUGUGGACAGCCAUCUCAGUCACUGUACCAUGUUCCUCGCUCGCUGAUCCAACAAGGCAAUACGAAUAGACUGGUUCUUUUCGAGGAAGUGGGUGGAGAUCCGACUCUGGUGUCCUUCGCUUUGAGGGCGGCGGGAAGCUUGUGUGCACACGUCUCUCAGUCCCACCCUCCACCUGUGGAUGCUGUGAACACUGCACAGAAAAAGGACGCAGUGCUCCAUCUCGAAUGUCCUCACUCCGAUCGUGUCAUUUCCUCGGUGAAGUUUGCGAGCUUUGGGACUCCACACGGAACUUGUGGGAGUUACAGCCAUGGCAAUUGCAGCAGCACCACUGCCCUUGCCAUUCUGCAGCAGGCAUGCAUUGGCGUCAGGAGCUGCGACGUGAAGGUCUCGACCGAGGUGUUUGGCGAUCCGUGCAGGGACGUCGUCAAGAGCCUAGCGGUGGAAGCAUCGUGCUCGUGAUCGAAUGCUGCAUACGUUCAUGGGAGGAAUGAAGAUGGGCACAUGCAGUCAAGAAUAAAGUACAUACUUCUCUGUGUUGGUUCUUUGUUCCGUACAUAAACGACAGUAUGUAUUUCUUACAGUGUACAUAAAUAA